AUGCGGGAGGCGAACCUGGGUCCCAACGAUCAUGCGUGCGAGAAAAGCGAGCAGUGGCAGGGGGCUCUGGCGCUGCCAGGCGAGGCUGCAGCCCGACGCUGGAGCUCGACGUCAUGGGCUGCAGCGCCGGACUCAGUGGCAACAGGCUCUGAGCAUGCUCAGGAUCAGGCGUUUGAGAAAUUGAGAUGCGGCUUCCCGGUGUACGGGACGACAGCCAGCAUGUGCCAGCAAGGCGGGCCCGCGCCGGAGGCGCGGAGGCCGACUGGCGGUUGGCGCUGCGGGCGCGGCUCGCCGCGCGCCCCGGGGCGCCGGAGGCGGUAG